AUGGUCUAUAACCAUAUUAGUCCAAUGUACUCCUUGGAGAAAGUGUCUGUCAUGGCUGUGUUCAAGUUUGCUGUGGGUGUGCUGGCCCUGCUGCUGGUGUCCUCUCCCUGGGCUGAGGAGGUGGAGAAGAAGAGAACCGUUCAGCACGAGCUUCUGCACGCCCUGGGCUUCAACCACGAACAGACCCGCAGUGACCGAGACAAAAACAUUCGUGUGAUGUGGGAGCAGGGCUCCGAACCGGAGUUGGGCCAUUACAUUGUUCUUUGCCAGACCCUUAAUCUUUCUAGAUUAUCAGGGUCUGGAUUUUCCAGGCUAGACAAGAAGCACAACUUCAGGUCGAUCACCACUCUGAACCAGAACACACCUUACGACUACAACUCAGUCAUGCAGUACUCCAGGUACGCCUUUUCUAAGAACAAAAAGGCCACCAUGGUACCCAUCCCUAACAGUAAUGUAGACCUUGGCAAGACCACCCAGAUGAGCCAGAAUGACCUUCUCAGACUGAACAGCACUUGCACUUUUAUUUCCUGAAUUAAGAGUCAGACUUAAUUCUCAGACCAAGGCACAGACUCUUUUUAUUGUAUGAUUGAUUAUAAGUGAUAUUUGUUCUGUCAGAAACAAGAAGUCAACAAUUCUCCCCUUGGAACCUGCAAUGAGAGACCAGAUACCGUAUGUCCUGUACAGCGAGGAUGAUGCACUGCAUUUGUGGUCCCCCAAUCUGUCAUCUGUCCCUAGGCUACUGUAAA